UUUCGUGCUGCGGAGGCAUUGUUUCAUCUGCGGCGUCUUUCUUCCAUUCCAGAAAAACGUGGUGUGUUUUCUUCCUCCAAAUCUCUAGAUUUUCUUCUUCCCUCCAUCGUUCGAAUGCUCUGUAUGUAAUUAUCUUUUUUAUAAUGCAUCUUGAUCGCUCUUCCAUGUCGAUCGGUGAGCAAGCUUGUAGUCUCGCUGCAUUGAUUCUGUUUGAUGACGGUAUCCCGAUAACGGCGGAAAAGAUCUCCACACUAAUAAAAUCUGUGAAUAUUUUGGUCAAAUCUUUCUGGGCAACCCUGAUCACAAAGCUUCUUGAGAAGAGAAGUGUUGAUGACUUAAUUCUUAGCAUUGGAUCAAGCAGAGGUGGUGCUGUUGUGGAUGUGGCUGUGGCGACUUCGGCAGCUGGUGGUGGGGGCAGUGCUACACAAGAAGCUGCUCCUGCGGUUGAGAAUAAGAAGGUACUUCUUGUGUUAUGUUUCUUGACAAUUUGUAUCCUUGAGACUUUUAACACUAGGCCAUGCAAGUUACUUACUUUUUCAUGUUGUUUUAGGUUCUUCUGCAGGAGGAGCCCAAGGAAGAGAGUGAUGAAGAUAUGAGUUUCAGUCUUUUUGAUUAGAUGACAUCUUUUUUAUUUAGGAAUUUCAUUAUCAUUGUGGUAUUUUGAGCAUCGAAUAUAUAUUUUGGUCUUGGCGACGAGAAUAUUCUGCUUGUUUCAUUAAUUUUUUUUUUAUCUAAUUGGACAGCUUUUGCGUCAUGUUAACCUAUAUUAUUGUUGCCCAUUGUGAGGUUAAGGUUGUUUUUUGCCACCUUCCAUUGCAUGGUCAUUAUUGUAAGACUUAUUCCUAUUUUUUUCUUUGAUUUAUGAAUCAUCAUUCUUCUUUCAUUAAUGUUUGGUAUUGUUCAAGGUUGGCGAAAAUUAUAUCACCAAUUGUGUUGAUUUUCUCAAUUGAAUGAUCAUAAGUUUCAAAUUUCAAUGAGGUACAGGCUUUGAAAUAAAAAGACAAAAAUGUCAUAAAGUUGUGAAAAUUUAAAAAAUCGUAAACUUUAUCCAAAACAUAUCCUUUCAUGAUGCUUUGAUAGUUUCAGGUGAGGCUUCUUUGGUUAAAAUGUCCGGUAAAAAAAAAUGAUAAACAUGUUUUAUUUCUUUAUGAUGUGGAAUGUGCCUCCUUAGCGGCUUCUUGUCGAUUGGCUUUAGUGGGAAAGUUCUUGUAUGGUCAUUCAAAACUUGAGCCAACUCGUCGGGAUUUUGAGAAUUUCAAGUUGAAAGGGGAAUGGAAAUUUGAUUGCUUGAUUGUCGCCAUAUUUUAAUUUAACUCUCUAACGAAGAUGAUUAUACUUAGCUUUGCGCUAGGAAAAUUAUGUGAAUUGAUAAUGGGGUGAUGAAGAUCCUUAAGUAGUUCGUUGAUUUUGGCCCUCAAACGGAGCCUCCAAUUUUUCCUAUUUGAAUUAAAUUUUCGGAAUUAAAGCUACACCUCUAUAAUCAUCAAGUCCUUCUCUAAUUGGCAGUCAUCUUUAGGAGACCCCUUAAGCUGGACUCCCCUACCUUUUCUAUCAUUAGGCCUGCUGCUGCUAGGGUGUCCUGGUAGAACAAGAUAUUACUCAAUCUAUUCCUGAGGAAAUUUGGAUAGGUUCUUCCCAUAAUACGUAUUGGCAGAAAGUGGUUUUAAAACAACAUCCUCCAUACUGUUCCAAUUGUAUAAUGUUUGUCCACUCUGAUUCUCAAUGUUAUCACAUACAUCCGGAAUUGAAGGUAAGUGAGACUAAAAUGGGUGAUAUUUUUGCCUCCAAGCGUGCCAAAGCUUCCCCUCCCAAUGAGGUGGUGGAUGCUGAGGAUGUCCAAAGGUGCCAAAGCUUCCCCUUCCACUUGAUGUCUUUGUCUUUACAUUUCUUUUUCUUUUCAAUACUUUUUUUUUAAACCGGAAGGAAUAUCUCCUUGGUAUGAUCUUUCAAAUUUUUUUUUACGUCAUUUAAAUUAGUUUCUAUAAUGUCAAU